AUGAAUCGUAUUACCUCUUUGUUUGAUGAUAUAGAUGUGCAAGUAAUUCAAAGUAUUCCUCUCAGUCGUAAAUAUUGUAUGAAUUCUUGGAUGUGGGUUCACUCGAAUCAGGGUGCUUAUUCUGUUAAAAGUGGUUACUGGGUGUUGUCUUCUCGCCCUCCUGAUAGUAUUGUGUAUCCUGAUUUCCCAGAAUUUUUAUGGGGGAAGUUGUGGAAAGCAAAGGUACCGAGAAAGGUCCAAGAAUUUCCUUGGAGACUCUGCUAUCUGAGCUUUUCAGAAGGGCUCUCACCAUCAACUGAUGAAGUAUUGGUUCCAAGUCGGUUAUCUAAUUUAUUAAAUCAUUGUGAUGAGGAUAAAGUGAAUAGGUGUUUUCUGCUUCUGUGGGAAAUUUGGUACAAUAGAAAUAAUAUUGUAUGGAGGCAAAAAAAUCUCAUACCAACUGAAGUGAUCCAUUUUGUUAAUUCAUUUUAUAUGGAAUGGUCACUUGCGUAUGAUGUUUCUAGUGUAGCUCCUUCUGCACAUGCCUCUACUGAUUAUUCUACUGCACAUUGGUCUCGAUCUCCUGUUGGGUAUGUCAAAUGUAAUUUUGAUGCUUCCGUUCCUUUACAAGGUCAAGGUGUAGGAUUGGGUCGGGUCUUACGGGAUCAUUGUGACCAUUUUAUUCACGUUGGUAAGGUUUAUCGGGAAGGCAGUUUCAAUCCCCUUAUUGCUGAAGCCUUAGCAGCAAGAGAGGUUCUCCUUUACCCCAAGUCAAGUGAGUUCCAUCUUGUUGUGUUGGAUACUCUGCUUGUGAAUGCUAUAACUACUUGUGUCUUCGAUUUCUCUCAUUUGGAUCUUUUAGUUCAAUAUAUUGAUAACCUGUUAUCAGAGAUUGAUGAUGUCCCUAUGGUUUUUGCUAGAAAAUCUGUGAAUCUGUGUAUUCAUGUUCUUGUAAGAGCUGUUGUUUUCUGUAUCAGGUUUGGAUGA